UCCACAAAAAAUUUUUACGUACGUACGAAGAUUGGAAAAUCGUGCAAACGGUUGUGAGACGAGGGAAUAGGAAAUUUGGUGGAAAUUUGUUACAUCGGUAAUGAAGUGAAAUUCUAGUGUAAUUCUUUAUUUUCUUCACGUGUGAUUCGACGAAUAGUGAUUUUUAUGUUAUGAAAAAUUUUGCCGCGUAUUAUCGUCGAGUGAUGUGUUUCGAAUUUUUCUUGUUACUAUUGUGAAGAAGAAAAAAAAAAGAAAGAAAGAAAAUAUUGGCACAGAUCAAAUUUUCUGAUAAUUUGGAAUUUUUAAUAUCGAGUUUGCCUUAUUGGAUCAUCAGGCAAUUGGAUGCGUCGUUGACGAGGUGGAAUUAAAAAAAAAAAAUAAAAAAAUAAAAUGGCAAUAGGAUUGACUACUUUAUUCAGUGCUACAUCGAUUCUUGGAUUCACUUUGAUUCCCCUUAUAGCUAUCGGUUUGACUAUAUACAAAUACAAUCAAGAGGACCCAGAAUCUCAUCCUUUCGAUACGGAACAGCUUCUACGAAUGUACGAUUUUAUAGUGGUCGGCGGAGGAAGCGCCGGUGCAGUGGUCGCAUCGAGAUUGUCAGAGGUAUCCAAUUGGACCGUGUUGCUCUUGGAGGCAGGUGGCGACGAGACUGAAAUUUCCGAUAUUCCUUUAUUAGCUGGUUAUACCCAGCUAUCAGACAUGGACUGGAAAUAUCAAACUUCACCGCCCAGCUCAUCGGCCUAUUGCCUCGCAAUGAUCGGCGACAGAUGCAAUUGGCCACGAGGAAAAGUGCUCGGCGGGAGCAGCGUAUUGAACGCCAUGGUUUAUGUCCGGGGUAAUCGGUAAUUCAGUAAUCGAAUCUUCUUUCGAAAAAAACUUUCGAAAAAAUCAAUACUCGAUAAAAUUAUCGAUUUUUUUCUCUUAAAAAUCGUCACAAAAUUUAAAUCUUCAUCAA